UCUUUUGUCAAUCAAUGGGAAGUUUGCUAUGGUUCCAUCUACCGUAUUGCUCGCCAAAAUAGUGACCCAGAAAUGAGCGUAAAGGUGGGAGCAGGAGUUCGUGCUUGGCUAGGCGCUUACGCUUCCGUGAAGACUCUUCAGGAUUCAAGCCCUGCACUUGCUUUUGGAUGUUAG